AUCACCAUUCACCACCACCAUCCCCACUUACUCCUCCUAAUUCUUCUAUUUUAUUCAAACCUUUUCGCUCUCUCUCUCUCUUGUUUUUCUCUCUCUAACAUGGAACAGCAGCAGCAGCGCCACGUCAGCACUAGCGGAGCUAGUAAUCCUGUGCUCCGCUACCCAACCGUGCGCGCCACCUUCACCCUCCCCUUCGCGCGCCUAAUCGCCGCCGACCGCCGCCGCCUUUUCCUCUCCGACUGCGCCGACCAUCGAUCGGACGACGAAGACGACGGCGACGGCGGAAACUGCGCGUACUCGCGGCCGGUGCUGGUUCUGGACAUGGUGUGGAACCUGGCCUUCGUGGUGGUGGCCGCUGGCGUGCUUCUCUCCACGUUCCGUGAGCGACCUUCCACUCCUCUGAGACUCUGGCUCUGUGGCUACGCCUUCGAGUGCGUCGUACACAUGGCUUUUGUGUACUACGAUUAUCGCACCUCAAUUCGCGAUUCCUUGUCUCACACUUCCUAUAGCAUUCUGAAGAAAUUAGAGCCUAUUAACACUCUGGCAUCAUCUGUUUGGUGGGUAUUUGGAUUUUAUUGGAUUGUUGUGGGUGGGCAAGCACUUUUAGAAGAUUCUCCGCGUCUCUAUUGGUUAACAGUGGUCUUUCUAGCAUUUGACGUUUUUUUUAUUAUCUUCUGCAUUGGGAUGGCGUGUAUAGUUUUCUUUGCUCUCUUCUGCAUCAUCCCAGUAAUAGCAUUAGCUUAUGCUAUGAGAAUUAGAGAAGGUGCAUCAGAAGAAGAUAUCAGGUUACUUCCAAAGUAUAGGUUUAGUCAGUCAAAUUUAUUGGAGAUGGUUAAUGACAACAAGAAGCAACUUGUUAAAGCAAGAGUAGAUUCAUGCACCGGAAGCCAUAGGAGUGAACUUUCUCUCCAUCCAGAUGAUUCAGAAUGCUGUAUCUGCCUAUGUCCAUAUGUUGAUGGAGCAGAACUGUAUCGCCUUCCCUGUACCCACCAUUUUCAUUGUGAAUGCAUCGGCCGUUGGCUUCGGACCAAAGCAACCUGCCCGCUCUGCAAAUACAAUAUCCUUAGAGGCGAUACAUUGGUUUGACCCUUCUUCGAGAUAAAGAUUGUACAACUGUGAGGUGCAUUAUCACUCCAAACAAACAUGACACUGGGAACCAGAACUUUGAUAAUCUGAUGACUAGUGUUGGUGUAUAGUAAGUAGAAAAGAAAAUGAAGUGCUCCACCCUUUCUGCUUUGAAAGGGUUCUCUAGUCUUAGGAUUUCAGUAUCCAUGAAGCUCUUGCAUCUUUAGAGUAGAAUGUUCUUAAGUUUAUGAUGGGGGAUGUAUAUAUUGUCGGUUUCCCCAUAAUUUGUACUUACGAGGGGAUUUAUGAAAACAAUUUUUCUGUACAGAGAUCAUCUUUUCGUUGUGUACUUUCCCCACAUCUACCAUCAAAUAAAUUCGAGUAUAAAGAUGACAAAAUU